GCCACAAAGAGCAUGGUUUGUUGUUUUAAUUUUGCUUUUUAAACUCUUUGUUAUGGCAUGUGGUUUUAAAAGCGGGCACAGGUUGUUUUGCGGUAUUCCUAGAGCGAUAUGAAAUUAGUAAGUUGGAACAUAAACGGCCUGCGCUCUUUCAAAGCAGGUGUCAAGGGCCUACUGGCAGAACUCGAUGCCGAUAUAAUAUGCUUUCAGGAGACGAAAGCAACCCGCAGCGUUCUGGAAGAGACGUCGGCGAUCGUGGAAGGCUACAGCGCCUUUUUCUCCUUUCCCCGUUACCAAAGCGGGUAUUCGGGAGUGGCCACAUUCUGCAAGGAUGCUUACCGUCCCUUCGCUGCCGAAGAGGGCCUCACCGAACUCUGGACGAGCUCGGAGUGCCCCGAUUCCCUCGGAUGUUACGGCGACACCUCGGACUUUGACAGCAAGCAUAUAUCCUCUGUCGACGGCGAGGGGAGAACAGUGUUGACCCUCCACCACGUUCGGUGCGGUGACAAAGUAAAAAGAAUUGCAGUCAUAAAUGUGUACUGCCCUCGUGCCGACCCUGAAAAGCCCGAGCGAGGUCAAAUAAAAUUGGAUUUCUACGAGCUGCUAAAGCGCCGAGCCACGACCUUGCUCAGAAAUGGAAUAGAAGUGAUCAUUUUGGGCGACUUGAACACUUCCCAUCGCAAGAUUGACCACUGCGAUCCUUCGGAUGACGAGGACUUUGAUUCUAACCCUGGUCGAAUAUGGCUGAGUCAGUUCCUGGAAAACAGCACGACAGUCACUGAAGAUGAGAACAUAGCAGGAAGACCUGGACAGAAUUCGUGUUUCCACGACACGUACCGACACCUGCACCCCACGACGGAAAAAGCGUUCACGUGCUGGAACACGCGAUUGGGUGCACGGCAGACGAACUAUGGGACUCGCAUCGACUACGUCUUUUGCAGCUCAGCCCUCGUCCCAUUCCUGCAAACCGCCGACAUCCUGCCUCACGUCUUGGGCUCGGAUCACUGCCCCGUCGAGGCGGUCUUUCGCUGCGACGGCGUCCCCUCGCCACGGUGCCCAUCCAUGGCCACGAAGUUCUGGCCCGAGUUUGCGGGACGUCAGCAGAGACUCUCCGCAUUCCUGAGCAAGAAGCCCGGCGACCAGGAAGAAGCCGAGAGAGACUGCCGUCCGCAAUCGAGCGAAGAAUGGGAGGACAGUUGCGCAGUAUCUGUCGAACUGCGAAACGGAGGUCCGCCGGUGAAGAAAUCGAAGAACGUGCCCGCUCGGACCACGGACAAAAGCCACAAGACUGCGCAGUCGACUCUGAACCGCUUCUUUGUGUCGUCGAACAAGACAGACGUCGGCGUCUCGAAACAGUCGAGCCGGUCAAGCCACGGACAAGCCAAACUGGGUGACUGUGGCCUGCCAAUGGUCAAUUCGGGAACAAAUGUCAGUGGUGCUCCAGAGCCCGCUCCAAAAAGAGCCGUGGACGUUGCGUGCGCGUGGAAGUCUCUACUUAAGGGUCCGCCUGUUCCUCCUCCUUGCAAGGGCCACGGCGAGCAGUGCGUUCUGAGGACCGUCAAAAAGCCAGGACCAAAUCUGGGACGUCAGUUUUUCGUGUGCGCACGUCCGACGGGAAAGUCUGGGGACGUGAAUGCGAGCUGCGAGUUCUUCCAGUGGGUGAACCCCGCCAAAUCGAAGCAAAGGACACCGGCUUCAAGCAACAACUAGCUGCUAAGCAUUCAGAGGUGUGUUGCGGGAGUGUCUUUCGCAGUAAUUUCUCAACCGCUGACCUUAUUAUAUUUAAAAGGCUCAACAGACCUUAUUAUAUUUAUUAAAAACCUUUUUGCAUUUUCAGGCUGGUGUAGGAUCAUACAGUCAUAAAUGUUUCUUAUCCAAAUGAGGAGCUUUUACAGGGUGUUUUGCCCUGUCCAUGAAACCCUUCUUUUGUAUGCAUUUUUAGAUUUGUGUUGACACAGUCACCUGUAUAAAUUUGUUUUAUGUGCCACUAAAGGCAAUUGGUGAAUAAGAAACUUCAAAAUAUUGCCAUCUCUGACAUCCCUUGUAGCUCGCAAUUUUUUUAAAUGUUUACAUAGGUCGUUUUAACAUUGGGUGGCUUGAAAGAAAAGUGAUUAAUUAAUAUCCUUGAUCACCAAACCUUUUGGCAAUUGUUGAAGUCGGUCUGGCCUGAACUAGUAGUGCAUAGCACACUUUAAAGUGCAACAUGAACCCUCAAACUAAUAGUGGAUAAAAGAAGUUAAUUAGCAAUACAGUGAUCUGAUUGCGACAUCUAUGCUACCACUAAAGAUCUGUUGUACCUGGUCAAAUAUCAGUG